AUGCACAAAUUAGUUACAUUUUUAAAGAAGAAAAAAGAUCCAACUACACCAUGGUUGCAAAUAGAUAAAGAUGAUACACGUCACAAACGUCCUGGUAGUGACAGCGGUAAUACACAACCCCGCAUACGGAGCAGCAAGAAAGAUGCCAACGGUGCAAACCAUGGCGGAAACGGCACUGUCUCUAGCAAAAAGAAGAAACAACACCUACAACAACUUCAUCAGCAACAGCAGCAGCAACAACUAAACAAUCAACAGCAUAUGUCGUCCGAUGAAGACUCGGACGAUCUAAUUCCAGAAGAGGUGCGAUCGAUCUCGAAAUUCAUCGACUUUACCAAGACCGAGAGAAAGUGGCUCGUUCAGACUCUGAAUCUCUCGUCAGAGAUGAUCGAAGAGAACCUACAGAUACUGCUGAACGUACUGAACUUUCUCUCACGAAAAGAAGGUGUCUUUUACCGACACCCAUGUCAGGCCAACGGCAACAAUCAAAUCUCUUCAAAACCGUCGAGUCGACGCGGAACCACUGAUCCCGCCGCCGAUACCGCCGUUCAACCUCAACAACCUACAUCGCUAUCUUCAUCUGGCACAUCAUCGCCACUACGGAAUAGUGGAACACAUAUAUCAUCUCAACAACAACAACUACUACAACAACAACAACAAUUUAAUAACAACCAUCAAAAUGUUGAUGGUACAAACUUUUCUGUACAGCAAUUACAAUCACAACUUUUACAACAACAACAACAACUCACACAAUCGGCCAACAAUCAACAGCAUUUAUCACCACAACCAACACGUCACCGUAGUGAUUACAAUCGUAUAUUUAUAGAACCCGGAAAAUACUACCAGUUCCCCGAUCAAGAAUCUUUGGCGAUGGCACGACUCGUAGUCGAGGAAGAGGAUCCCGCCAAACUGUUUAGAAUCGGCACUGAGAUGGAGAUCAAAGGUGCCUACGGUACGGUGUACCACGUGUUCUACAACAACUGUCAGUACAACAAUGUCGAGCUGGCACUCAAGAAACUUGACCAUAAAUCAGAGCGAAAUCGGCGUAACAACCUCAACGAGAUUGCUCUGAUGCGUUACCUUAAGCAUCCCAACAUUGUAACAUACAUAAACAGCUACGAGAAGAACGAUGAAGAGAUAUGGAUGCUCAUGGAAUACAUGGAUGGUGGUACGAUAAAAGAAGCCAUCCAGAAUUUCAGUUUUACCGAAAAAUACGUUGCCUACAUCAUAAAACAGAUACUACACGGACUUGAAUAUCUACACUCCCUAAACAUUGCUCAUCGUGAUUUGAAAUCUGCCAACAUCAUGAUUAAUAGUAAAGCUGAAGUAAAGAUAAUUGACUUUGGUUUCUCAAUUGAUCUGACGACAUUGAAAGCAGAUAUACAUAUGUGUGGAUCGCCGUACUGGAUGUCACCGGAACAGAUACAGGAGAAACCGCACGAUUGCUCUGUUGAUAUUUGGAGUCUUGGUGUAAUGGCUGCCGAAAUGAUGAAAGGUGUGGUUCCACAUCACCGUUCAAAGAUCAAGGCAAUGUUUUUGGCAUCGUGUGUCGGUAUAAAGUUUUCGCGUGACAAAAAGUACAGUUCGCACUGGUCGAAUGAGUUGUUUGAUUUCCUUGCCAUCUGUCUUCAAAUGGAUUCCUCCAAGAGACCAACACCAACCACCCUCCUACAGCACCCAUUCAUCGCUACCGCUGCCACCAAACAAGAGAUGCUUGAUCUACUACCUCUACUAUUUAUAUCAAAGACAAUCUCUAAAUAUUCAAUAGCUUAA